UGGCAAUUGGACCAUUGGAAGAACAGUACCAGAGUUCCCCUGAACAAUCACGAAUAGCCACGAAACGGACACACUCCAGAGAUGAAAGUAUUCGCAUUGACCCUAUUGAGCCUGCUGGCUUUGAGCCAGGCCCGCAUGGACUACAAGCUGCAGUGCGAACGCAGUGAGAUCAGCAUCCGCUGGCCCAGCUACCACAGCAACUCGGAGUACUACGUGUGCCAAAGCGUCAAUGGCGGCCAGCUGACUGUUCACUGUCCAGCCGGUGAGGUGUUCACAUUCGUUCUUCAACAGUGCGUGCCACCCGCCCAUUACAUCCCUGCCCCACCCAUGGAUGCCCUGCCUACCGCAGCUCCUAUUACCACGCAAGUCAUUGAUGAUGCGCCACCAGUGAUCUCCGGACUUUCUCAGCUUGAGGCCCAGACCCCGGAGCACCACGAGCACAAGGAGCACCACGAACACCAUGAACACCACGAGGAUGAGGGUGAGGACUAUCCCACUCCCCCCACCCCACCUACAGAGGCCCCAACCCCACCCACUGUUCAAAACGCCAAGCCCGCUGCCCCAGUUCCCCAGAAGACCAAACCCUCGGUUCCAGUCCCCGGCAAGAAGGCAACGGUUCCAGUUCCCUCAAAGGCCGCUUCGGCCAAGAAGCCCGCUGCUACCAAGAAGACAGCUCCUACUCCCGCCAAGGCCGCCAAGAAGCCAACGCCACCCAGCAAGGCCCAGAAGAAGCCAGCCACCGCCUAAAAUCCAAUCCCGACAAUGAUCGCCAGUUCAAUGCCCAUCGUUCAGCAAGCGGAAUUUCAUUCACUACUCUAAAUAGCAACCUAAAGUAAUUAAAUAUCUAACUGGCAA